CAUUGCAAGAUAGCAGUUCGCAAAUUUUAUACGAAGAAGAAAAUAAAAAAAUAAAAAAAGUUGGAAUUUUUUUUGUAGAAUAACAAAAAUAAUUUUUUUUUAAAUUAAACAAGAAAAAAAUCUCUUUCCCUUUUUCUGCGGUGUAACUUUAACAAAAAAAAAAAUAUUUUUCAAUUGUGUAAAUUUAUUAAAUUAUUGUAAUAUUGUAAUAUCGAAUAGGAAAAGCGUGUGAAUAUUAAAAAUCGUGAAUUUAUAAUAAAUUUUUUUAAAAUAACAAAAAAAAAUUAUACUCACACACACAGUCAUAUACUGUAUAGAAACCAGGAUUAAUAUUUGAAAUAUUUAAAAUAAUAUUUGGAAUAUAUAUACUUACUUAUAUACACGAUUUACAUAUAUAUGUAUAUGAUUAAUUUGAAUAGUUAAAAUUUUAAAACAGAGAGACAAAAUCAAAAGAAAAUAAAGAACAAUUUUUUUUACAAAAAAUUUUUUAUACCGAAGAAAAAAGGUAGUUUUCAAAUAUAAUAACAUAAUAAACAAAUAUAAGGCAAAAGAAAUAUAAAUCAAUAAAAUAAUGGCAGCCGAAGUAGCAACUCAGCAACAAAAUUCAGCUGUCGCUGAUGAUAAACCAGCUGUAGAAGAACAAGUUACAGCUGAAGCAGUAGCCGUUGGUGAUAAACAAGAUCAAACAACUGGUGAUGCUGCCGGAACUGGGGGUGGUGGUGGUGGCGGUGAAGGUGCCGAUGGUGCAAAUGAUGCAAAAAAAGAUGGUGAUCACGAAGCAAAUAAUACUCAAGCAGCCGCUUCUAAAACAGAAGCUCCACCUAAAUACUCAGUUCAUAAAACUAAUUUCGAAAAGGAUGUUAUCUAUUUAUAUCAAUUUUCACGUACACCAUUACUACCUUCUUUGUCACCGUAUUGUUUAAAAGUUGAAACAUGGUUAAGAUUAGCUGGUUUAAAAUAUGAGGUAUGUACAAUUACAAUGGCUUGUAUAUAAAUUCUUGAUGGGGUA